AUGGAAGGUCUUGAAGGUCACGCUAAGAAAUUUGAACUUUAUACGGAGGCCCACGGGGACCAAGGAAGAUGGUUGAGAUUAAGAGGAGUAUUAUUAUCAGCUGACCUGAAGAUUCAUUUAGUGCCACCUGCCGAGUGGAUUGGUGAGCGAAGCGAAUGGGGGCCCUGGUCCACUCAGCUCCCCCCACUCUUCUGGGGCCACUCAAGAGCCCUAACUGCCGUUCCCCGACACUGGCCGCUGGGUGGCGCUGUGGCUCCUCCUACCCGGGCAGGAGGCGCCAGGGAGGCGGAGGCGCAACCGCCGAACCGGGCCUUGGCGCGGGGGGUUCGUCGGCGCCUGCCCAGCGGGCUCUUCCUAGUCCGCCUAGUUCUCCCUCCUCCGCGCUGCUCCACGUCCAGGCCCGUCCCGCCCCAGCCCCCAUCCUCACCCCCAUCCCACCCCCCACCCCAGCCCCGGGGGCCCCUUCUGCCUCUGGCGCUCCUCGGCUUUCCGACCCGCCAGGCCAAAGUGGGGCCAGGGGCGGGCGGGCCAGAGGCUGGGGGCCGAGCAGAAUGCAGGGGCUCGUGGGGUCCCGGGGGCGCCCUCCCUUUUCAGCGCAUUCGGUCUUCAAGUCUCCCUGGACCCCAGGGACGAGAUAGAGCUCCCGCGGCCACCGCCCUGAGCUGCCCCGCCAUCCAGUCCAGCCAGACCCGAAUUAAAGCGAUAUCAGGGAUGCAGGGAUAG